AUGAAGGCCAUUGCAUACGCCGCCGUCCUCCUGGGACUCGUUUCCACCGCCCUGGGUCAGACCGAAACCCUCGCCCCGUCCCCUACCGAGUCGUACGGCUGCGAGCCGCACGGCGAUCACUGGCACUGUGAGGGUGCUCGUACCGCUACUACGGCGGCUGAUGCUGUCACCACUACUGGUGCCCCUGCCACCACUUCUGCCGCCCAUGACCAUGACCACGACGAGGACGAGGACGAAGACGAUGACCACGACCACACUGACGCUGCCGGCACGGGGGCUCUGGCACCUAGCCCGACUGAGUCCUACGGCUGCGAACCCCACGGCGACCACUGGCACUGCGAAGGCGCCAUCACUGCUUCUGCCACCGCGCCCCCCGCGGGCACCGGGGCCCAAGACGCCGCCGCCACGUCUUCUACUAGCACCGCAGCAGCUCCUCACUUUGAGGUUGCCGGUUUGGGCUUCGCCGGUAUCGCCGCCGUUGCCGCCAUGGCUCUUUGA